AGGGUUGUCACUGUCACCGUUCGUGCGGUACUGGCAACCGGCGGCAUACGCGCAUGUGGGCGGACAUCGGCUCCGGCGCGCCGCACUGCCGCCGCCCGAGCCCCCGCCACCACCUUUGCGACUCUCCUUCCACGCUCACAACAGGGAGUUCAAGUUGAUACUCAGACCGGACCCCAGCUCAGUAUUCGCAGACGGCGUGCAGUUCCAUUCCACAGCCGGACAAGUGGACUACAACCCUGCUAAAGUUUACUCUGGGAAGCUGGAAGAUGACGAUUUGUCUCACGUCUAUGGUGUCAUCACAGCAGAGGGUCUAUUCGAUGGAACAAUUUGGACCCCUACAGAAGAGUAUUAUGUGGAACCGAUAUCUCGAUAUAACAUAGACCAUCCCUCUAUGCACAGCGUUGUAUACAGAAGGUCAGAUGUUGAGCACCCACAUGAUACUAAUGAAGGAGCACCGUGCGCAUCACAUCUACUCCAUUUGAAAAGAACUUUAGGUCAAGAAGUUGAAUUAUUUAGUUCUGCCGAUCAACGAAACGUAAAAGACUCACCCCUAACCAAUUUUACUGAAGAUCUCCGAAGCGAAAUACAUAGACGAAAAAAACGAUGGCUCCCUGAAGAUGAAAUGCAAGAUGACGAGCCAAAGAAGAAUCCAGAAUUACCUUUAGACUUAGACUUUCCAUACACUAGCAACAAUGAGCCGGUUGAUAAGUUAAGCACUAGAAAACCUAAAACCAAAAUCGAUAAAAGUAACCUCAUAACUAAGGUGCGACUCGAUUCGGAAGAAUCGAGACCAAAGCCAAAGACGCACGUUGAAGUGAUAAAAACGAAAGCAGGAGUUGUAGCUGUUAAUAAGGAUAUAGUCAAAAAGGAGCCAGUAGGGUACACUGUGUUGUCGGCUAACGCGAGUGAUGACGGUCGACAUGUGAACAAAAGGGCGACAGUAGAUCCGAGGAAAACUACGUGCCUAGUAUACUUGCAGGCCGAUCACAUGUUCUAUCAACGAUACGGCUCCGAGGAGGCGUGUAUCGAAGUCAUGACGCGACAUGUACAGAAAGUCAACGCAAUAUAUAAAGUGACAGAGGAAGAUUACGAUGCCUUCUGUUUGGCGUACAUGUUUACAUACCGAGAUUUUGAAAUGGGUACUCUUGGGCUGGCUUGGACAGGUGAUUUGAAAAAUGCCGGUGGAGUUUGCGAGAAAAAUGGGCAUUAUCGUGGUAGCAUGAAAUCGCUGAACACGGGUAUAGUGACGCUGCUAAACUACGGCAAGCACGUGCCGCCGGCUCACGACCCUGAGGUAUGCACCCCCUUCGGCGAGGACGGCAACUACAUAAUGUUCGCGCGAGCAACCAGUGGCGAUAGAAAGAACAAUAACAAAUUCUCACCGUGCUCUCUCAGAGCUAUCGACCCAGUGCUCAACAACAAAGCCAGGUCACCUAAGGGUUGCUUUACUGAACCUCAGCCAGCGAUUUGUGGUAACGGCGUGGUGGAAGAAGGAGAAGAAUGCGACUGCGGAUGGGCGUCAGAGUGCACUGAUGUGUGCUGUCGCCCACAAGCUGCGAGGCCGCACUACAAGCCGUGUACUCUCACUGAACAUAGUGUGUGCAGUCCUAGUCAGGGUCCAUGCUGCACUGCAUCGUGUACGCUCAAGUUCGGUGAUAAGUGUCGGUCUGACAAUGGAUGUCGUGAUGCAGCCUUCUGUGACGGCAAACGUGCCAACUGUCCCGCCAGCCGACACAAGCCCAACAGGACUCGAUGCGAUAAGGAACUCGUCUGUUAUAUGGGAGAAUGCACGGGUUCCAUCUGCCUUGCGUACGGACUGGAAUCAUGCCAGUGUGCACCUCGCAAAGACGACCCGAGGUCAGCGUGCGAGCUGUGCUGUCGCAAGCCGGGCGGCGUCUGUAUGUCAUCCUUCGAGUGGAACAUUGCGCCGUAUGAUGUGCCUGACAUGUAUGCGAAACCAGGAACGCCCUGCAACGAUUAUAACGGGUACUGCGACGUGUUCCAACGUUGCCGCGAGGUGGACCCGUCAGGUCCGCUGGCGACGCUGCGUAAGCUACUGCUCUCGGACGAAAGUAUCGCCGGCUUCAAGCGUUGGGUGCUCAAGCACUGGUACGCGGUACUACUCAUAUUGCUCGCAGUCAUCGCGCUCCUGGUCGCAAGUACGCGUUUCUUAGGCCGCCACGGCAAAAAGCUGAAGUCUGUGACCAUCAUCCACUCCUCCACCACUGAAACCGUCCGCUUGCCUGACGCUGCUGACCAGGGACUGAUCGUUCAUACCGCUGUCAGGUCGAAACUACCUCUUAAGAAGAAAGUAGCCCUUCGAACCCGAGCUUACCGCAACAAGAAAGAUCACAAGAAGUCAGGAGACAAAGCUUCUCCGAUGCACAGUGCCAAUAAGAAGAGGAAGCCGAAUAGCCAAGCAAAAUUAGAAGAUGUUCCUAAAGUAGCGAAAGAAAAUACAGUGAUCGUCACAAAUGCCGAAGGCAAAUCCCCAAAACAUGUCAUACUUUCCAAACACAAAGGUAAAGUAAAGAAACGAAAGUCCAAAAUGAAGAAAGAGAUCAUAGACUACAGCUCCAUGCAGAAACAUCCCUCCUCGCCAAUCAAAGACACCGAAGCUUUGAGUAAGGUGCAAAGAUGGCUGCUAAGCUCACCACAGCCCACUGCAAUACCUAAAUCUAAAUCCAUACCUCUAGGUCUCACUGAGAGAACACAUCGACAAAUACAGAAAGGUUCUAGAAAAACCAGACCGUCCAAGAGCGCCACGAAUUUGCUGUCCGGUGAGAAAGCCAGACUGCAAGUCGUGUUCAAACCUCCAUUUAGGUUCAGUGUGAAAAUAUGUAAAAGUGAUAAAACGAAAGUCGUCCUAGACAAAUCGUCUAAGCCCGACGUGGACAGGAAACGACACGAAGUGACGCCACAACAAGCUCCUGCAGACGUUGCGAAAGCCAGUCCAUCCAAUAAAGCACCUAAACCUUCUAACUCCAUGAGAAUAGCAGACACCGCUGCUACCGCUAGUGCUCCUAAGUUAGAAAAGUUACAAAAUCAAGAAAACAAAACCCAUGAUUAUGCUAAUUUACUACCUCGAAGUGCCAGUGACUGUAAGCUAACGAAAAAAAUGCCUGAUGUCAAAGUUAAUAAUGGACAUAAAAAGAGUAAUUCCGUAGGCCAAAAGAAAGAAACUACUGAAAGCCGCCAGAAUCUUAUAUCACAAGAAGAUGGCGAAAACGCUCACGUGUAUGAAAAUGUGGUAUUGUCACAAGACGCUUUUGUUCCUAAGAGUUGUAGCAUGCCACGACGACAAAACACUGCCGGUGUUGGUAUUGCUCGACAAAGCAGUUAUGGUCAUUUACCAAGAGCUCAAAUCCGCCCACAUAGACAUAGUACAAACAAUUUAAGCAGAUCCAGAAAUAGCAGCACCUCUGAGCUUGAACACUUCUAUAAUGUCAUCGAAUCGCUACGACGAAACAACGCCAACGAUGCGAACACUUGUAACACGAAUACAAGCAGUUCAUCGGGAAGUAGCCGACACGACAGUGCGUUACUCAAACACAGUUCGAAUUCUAGACACGGAGGAAGCAAAACUUCACGUCAGAACAGUCUAGUCGAUAAGCCAGCACGGUCCAGUCCAACCGAGUCUUCAAAACUUAAGAGACAGCUUAGUGAAGCUGAGUUGGCCAAAUCACACGGAGACAGUGGCUUGAGGGGCUUCCAGCUGGUCGUAGGGAAAGAUAAGUUAAAACGACAGUUAAGUGAUAAUGAAUUGUGUAAAUCUCGAGUGCAAUUGGCAAUGCCAAUGUCGGCAGGGGCGGAGCCGCGGCAGGCGUUCUGCUGGAACAAGCGAGCCAGCCUCGACUGCGAGGCGUCGCUGCCAGCGGGACCCCGCAUCUCCAACUCUAGGAAUAAAAAACGAACGACUUACACUUUCGGUGAACUGAAAAACACCGUGCCUAACGCGACGGACACAUCGCCCCCUGAAGACGUCCACAUCUCCCCCGAGGAGUUUUUAAAGAUAAUUGAUAAUUAAGUAUUACUGGGGACUCAUAAGCGUAUUGUAACCAUAAGUGGUUAUUUAAAAUAUGAACAAACAGUUAACGUGUAUAUUAGAUACCUAUUUGCAAGAUGUACUAUUGUCGGCUGGUGUAAAUAUUGUAAUUUGCUUUUAAUAUUAGUACUAAUGUAACCUGCCACUGAAACAGACCAUUGCUCAGUUUGUCUCCGUCACCGGACAUAAACAUAUAGGUACAAUAAUGAGUACACACGUAAAUAAUAAUACUCUUCAGAACAAGAAGUACAUAUUUAAGUUAAUAUUUAGGGACAGUAUUUAAUACGCCAUUAACUAUUUGACUUUUAUUUCUAACUUUUGUAAUUUUAUUUUAGUAUGCGUAAAUAUUUCGUAGACAUGGCGUAGCAGUACUUACAACUGGCAAUGAUCUAGUUUCACUGAACGAUCUCUAUAAAAUGAAUCUCUAUUUUUUCUACAUGCUAUGUAUUGUACAAAUUUACUCAAACCUAUGUAAAGUGUUCAUGUAAGAUUAUUUAAUUACUUUUAAAUACUUUACGUAAUUUCUUUGAUUAUUAUUUUAUAUCUACUUGUGUACAAAUUCUCUUUAUUUAUUUUUUUGAUUCCUUUUAUAUAGCUGUCAAUUAGCAAGUCAAUCUGUCAACUUUAUAGUUAUACCUAUUUAAGGACAUUUGCCUGUACCCACACCAUAAUAUUAAUCAACGAUACAAAUUAAUUAUAAUUUAUUAAUCAAGGCUGACAUAGGGUUCUAUGUGCUUAACAUUUGAGAUACUAUUCAAAACCGUCGCCAAUUAUUGCCUCAGUGAACUAAAAAUACACAUAAUAAUUGAAAAACCUUACUUAUAAUCAUUAUUUAGACAAUUAGACAUGGUGUUCGAUUUUCUUCAGCUAAACGUAAUAGAAUCCUAUGAAAACCUGUUGUAUAAAACAAUAAAACGAACGUAAAAUGAUUUAAUUAAUAAAAAUAUUUUUCUAUACGUAUUGGAUUUAGUGGAACUAAUUACUAACAGACUCGUACGUAAGCGAACUCAUGGCUGUAACUUUCUUUACACUUUUUGUUCUGCAAUAUCUGGGAUGGAAUGUAAUUUUGUUAAUUCAUGUAUUAGUAUGACAAUAUUGUAGUGCAUAAUGUAAGUAAUUAUAAUAACUCUUUGAAAUAUUGUAAUUGUAUAAUGCUGUCUAGUUGUUAGGUACAAAAUUGAUUUUUUUAAGUUCCCGCCUAAAUUAGGUGUUGUGAUAAAUUGAUUUUGUCUAUGAUUAUUUUAUCCAAAGAAUGUUGCAUGUGUUAAAUAAUAUUAUUAUGAAAUAAUAGGUCUGAAUAUUGCCAUAUUAUUUAACCGAAACUUAAUCAUAAAUAGUUGCAAUAAUUAGUGAAUCAACAUUUGUUUGAAAAGAGAGAUUAUGAAGACUUCUUUUCUGUCCCCUGAUUUGCAUUCACUAUUUUAUUUAGUUAUUAUAGGUUCAGUUUAUAUAUUACAACGACUUAUCAGGUAGAUUUCAUAUCUGACCCAGCAAAACCAUUAUUAUAAAAGACAUGUACUUUAUUAUAUUUGGUGCAGAAAACGUGCAUGUAUCGUGUAUAUAUGAUAGCCGGUUUUGUUUCUAUCUCAGAUAUUAAUCAAAAUGUGUUCCAGUAUUUUCGUGAGACGUGCGAAAGCUUUGCGGCUGUGGCACAGCGUUUAUGAGCUUCGACGUAGGGAGGUAAGGGUAAAACGUAAAAGCUAUUGUAUUGUAUAGGAACUGAUUUCUAAAAAGAUCCUAAGGUAUUGGAAAUGUUACAAAUUUGUAUUUUAUAAAAAUACUAAUGUGGAUAAUGUGAAGAUAGGAUAGGCAACUGGCCACAUCUGCUGGGUUAUUACCUGAAGCUUACGCCUAUAUAUUCGCAGUUAUCCUAUAAGAAUCUAUUCGUCUUGAAUGAGUUUGUUUUAUCUUGUCUAAGUCUAUUAACUCUUCCUUAGUAAAAAGUUCGAUUUAAGUACAUGUUAAUUAUGAAUUUGAUAUUAUAUAAUUAAAUGUGACUAGAAUCUAUACUUCUAUUUAAUGGUUUUAUAGUUGGUAAACUUUCCAUAAUGACAAAUUUUAUUCUAAUUAACUAUCUUUACUUUACUUAAAAUACAGAACUUUGUGAUGUUAUCUGAUAUUUACGCAUCUGACUACAAUCUCACUGUAUUUGUUCCAAGUGCCUUAUGAACAAAUCAUUACAUUCCUAAUUACAUUCCACAAGCCUAUUCCAAUUUUUAAUUGGUUUUUUCAGUGUGUUAUGCUGAUUGUUUUAUUAUUUACCUAUUUAAUAUAAUGAUCUGAUUGUAACAAAAGUGGCAAAGUUGUAAUAAGAAUCAUAAUACCUAAUACAAUUAAAAUUGUUUGAGUACUUAAUUAGUCUGUGAUGUACCUACGUUUAUUACAAUCUAUCUUAUCUUAAUCUCUGACUGUACCUAAGUUAUUAUAUUCCAAACUAUUACUUUAGGAUAAUUUCCUAUUUACCGUGAACAAUAUUAAAAAAUAUCCAUUAUGAAUACAAAUUUGUAAUAAAUUCAUUUUCUAACAUUUACUAUUUUUUUCUGCAUUUUUAAUGGAUUAAAAAGACUCCAACAAUAUAACUGUUUAUUAUUUAAUAAAAUGACCAAAUUCAUUUUUAUCCUUACUUUAUUCUGCC